UGCAGCAGAUACCUUCUCUGAACACUGCGUUCAUUCCUCUGCAAUAUCCGUUGCUUUUUCCUUAUGGUGAAAGGGGGUUCCAGAUUGAUGUUCCUCACCUGAUUGUUCCUGAAGAAGGUGAGGAUGAUGGGACCGUAGAUCCUGAUCCUGCACCUGGAAGUCCGUCUGUUGAGGCGUCUUCUUCAUAUCCUUCUGGGGGUGGUGACUCGGACACGAAUAGUCGGAAUAGGAUGACCAUGCAAGAUUACUAUCUUUUUAUGUGCCAUUACAAAGGUGAUCAGCCCAAUCCAUAUAUAUGCUAUGGUCUCCUCUCCUCCUAGUCCGUUGUUGAUGCGCGCGCAUGCAUCAAUGAGAGUAGACCGCGGUAUAUCAUAAGAAAUCAGGACAUGUUUAGAUCAGAGCACAUACAGGGUAUUACCGAUGCAGUAGGUGAUGGGUGUGUGGAUGGCGACGCUGUUGGAAAGAGGACCAUUGUGCCCUCUAGUCACAUGGGUGGUCGUCGUUAUUUUAAUGAGAAUUUCCAUGAUGGCCUUGCCGUUUGUCGGGUGCAUGGUGCACCAGAUGUAUUUACCACUUUCACUUGUAAUCCCAAGUGGCCUGAGAUCACCGCUGCAUUGGAGCCAGGGCAGGCGUCUUCUGAUAGGACAGACGUUGUUGUUAGGGUCUAUCACAUGAAGCUUGCCGAGUAUUUGGACGAGAUCAAGUCAGGCCGGGCUUUUGGCCCCAUUAAAGUUGUCCUGUAUACUGUUGAGUUCCAGAAGCGUGGGCUGCCACACGCGCAUAUACUUGUCUGGCGGAGAGGGGGCAACAGUGAGAUUGGUGUUGAAAAUAUUAAUUCAUUAAUAUCUGCUGAAAUACCUGAUGCAUUGCUUGAUCCUCUAGGAUAUGCUUUAGUUUCUGAGUUUAUGAUGCACGGUCCGUGUGGUGAAAUGAACGAUAAAUGUGUCUGCAUGAAAAAGGGUGUUUGUUCUAAAUAUUUCCCAAAAUAUUUUAGAGAUACCACUGUCAAUGAUGAUAAUGGGUUUGCCUUAUAUCGACGUCGUGACGACGGUCGAAGGGUCUAUAAAAAUGGUCAUUACCUUGACAAUAGGCAUGUUAUUCCUUAUAAUAUGGCGAUGCUCAAGAAAUUUCAGGGACAUAUAAAUGUAGAGUGGUGUAACAAGAGACAGGUUAUGAAAUAUCUAUUUAGGUAUGUCACCAAAGGUGCUGACUACUCAAAGGUCAUGUUAGAAAGGCUAAAAAAUUGA